AUCAUCCUUCCAUUAAAGUUUUGCCUUUUACUGUACCAUAUACAUUUCCUAUAGCCUCUUGCAAAGCUAAAUUCAAUUAUUGAAGCCAAAGAAAAAGAGACAAGACCAAAGGCAGUGGCUGCCGUGGAAGAAAGACGAAAGGUUUCAUCGAUCUCUGUUGAACUUCAAACACUGAGGAAGAAGAGCCACAAAAUUCUUCCUUCUGCAGGGUGCAAGGUACUGCUUCAAUGGGAAAUUGCUGGGGUCCUCCACCUCACAACCCCACCCCAACAACUACCGGUAACCUUAGUAGUAGUACAGGUACAACGGGGACAUCUCAGGCGAUCAGCAGCAUCAGCUAUACUACUACUACGACUACUAAUUCCUCUGGAAGUGGGAGCAGCUCCAUAAAUAGCAAGUUCUCAGUGUCAAGCGGUGAUCAGCCUUAUCCAAAUGGACAGAUCUUACCUACCUCUAAUUUGAGGAUUUUCACUUUUGCCGAGUUGAAGGCUGCAACUAGGAAUUUCAAAGCUGAUACAGUGCUUGGGGAGGGAGGUUUUGGAAAAGUCUUCAAGGGUUGGCUUGAAGAAAAGGCCACUUCAAAGGGUGGAAGCGGAACAGUCAUUGCCGUCAAAAAACUCAACUCUGAAAGCUUACAAGGACUUGAGGAGUGGCAGUCCGAAGUAAAUUUUCUAGGACGUCUUUCUCAUACCAAUCUUGUUAAGCUGUUGGGAUACUGUUUGGAGGAAUCGGAGCUUCUUCUGGUCUAUGAAUUCAUGCAAAAGGGCAGUUUGGAAAAUCAUCUAUUUGGAAGGGGUUCUGCUGUUCAACCACUUCCUUGGGACAUCAGGCUUAAGAUAGCAAUUGGAGCAGCUCGUGGCCUCGCUUUCUUGCAUACAUCCGAGAAAGUAAUUUACAGAGACUUCAAGGCCUCAAAUAUAUUGCUUGAUGGAUCCUAUAAUGCAAAGAUAUCAGAUUUUGGCUUGGCAAAACUGGGUCCUUCAGCUAGUCAAUCCCAUGUGACAACAAGGGUGAUGGGCACAUACGGCUAUGCAGCUCCUGAAUAUGUAGCCACCGGGCAUCUAUAUGUAAAGAGUGAUGUAUACGGGUUUGGAGUUGUUUUGGUUGAAAUACUAACAGGCCAACGAGCACUUGAUACCAACCGUCCAAGUGGGCUACAUAGUCUAACAGAGUGGGUGAAACCAUACCUGCAUGACAGAAGAAAAUUGAAGGGCAUUAUGGAUCCUCGAUUGGAAGGAAAAUUUCCAUCCAAAGCUGCAUUUCGUAUAGCUCAGCUUUCUUUGAAAUGUCUUGCAUCUGAGCCCAAACAGCGGCCAUCAAUGAAGGAAGUUUUGGAGAAUUUGGAGCGCAUUCAAGCUGCCAAUGAGAAACCUGUGGAGCCUAAAUUCCGUUCUACUCAUGCCGCCAGCCGUCAAGGUCACCAGGCUGUGCACCAUCGUUCUCCACGUCAGGACGGUAGUUAUUAGUUAGUUUCUCUUAAGAAAACUAAUCCCGUUGGUUCGUUGUGUUAUUUGUCUCUCCGUUGAAGACUUUGCCUAUUGUUCAUUAUUUAUGUAUUUCUUGGACUCAGAUUUGUACGGGUAAGUCAUGUAUUAGUAUUGUAAAGUGUAAAUUAUUAUUUGUGUUCUGUUAAACAAAUAGUGAGGUCUCUAGUACAACAUUAUCAGGAAAGUGUUUGCAUUAAAUUUGACGAGUCUAUCUAGAUACAAUGUAACUGUUUACAUAUACAUAUGAACCUGUGAAAGAAAGAAACAAGAGUCCAGAAAAAAUGAUUAGUUACAUCAGUAGCUUCGGGUAUGCACAACUAGCCUGGUAACAUAUUCAUGAUUGUAACUGAGACUGGGAGUCUGAUUCUCUGUGUGCGCCUGUUGUGGGAAGUUUAUUUUUCUCGUGUACUGCAUAAGGGGCAAAUUGUUGGAGGUAAAAGUGCUGGGAAUAGAAGACUACAUGUGACAACUUCAAAUAUGGCGUUGUAUCCUUUCAACAAUAGAAUUUUGUGGUGGUGUGGGAAUGCAAGAGGUUUGACGAAUGAUUCCCAACUUGGCCAAAGAUUCAGGAUCAUUUAAUUCAUUACCAUUGUUAGUUCUUACGGUUUCAAAACAGUGAUGUGAAAAUUAUGUUUGAAUGAAUGCAACAAAAUUAUACAUUAGUUUUCU